AUGUCACAAACACCGCUCAUCACCUCCACCAUCUACCAUCUACCACCUGUCGUCGUCACCACCCGCCACCAACCUCCGCCGACCACCACCACCGUCCUCCACCGCCACCGCCGCCCGCCGCCACCGCCAUCGACUACCAUCGUUGCCACCCGCCAUCGCAAACCACCACCACCUCGACCACUACCGCCACCCUCCGCCGACCACCACCACCACCACCACCAUCCUCCACUGCCACCACCCGCUACCAUCGACCACCACCACCCAUCGUCGCCGCCGACACCACCAUCUGUCGCCACCACCAUCGCCGCCACCUGCCACCGCAGACCACCGCCAACCCCUACCAUCGCCGCCGCCACCGCUAACAACCGUCAUCCACCGACCACCGCCACCCAUCACUGCUACCACCGACCACCGCCACCCAUCGCUGCCACCGCCAUCGAUCACCGCCACCGCCCAUUGCCAAUUUAA